GGGAGGCAAUUCGUGGCAGGGGGCAGUUUAGGGCACAACCCCGGCACCUGAAAUUAGGAGAGUUGGGAUUACGUUUUCAAUUAAACUGAAUUAGACGCCGAAUUAGACGGAAAACCAGGAUACAACGCGGCGCUUUUUCAAACUUCAGUCAGACGGGGUAGUCUGGGGAUCUGAGUUUAUACCAAAGUGACUUUUGGCAGCAGGUUAUUGUAAAGCGGAAGAAGCAGAUAGCUGGUUGCUACCUUGCAGUUUUGUUACUUUAGUCCCCUUCAAAGGUGCCUGAAACACAAAAGGAACCUUGAAAAUAUUGUAGUGAAGCAGCCCCAACACUCUUGGACCGUAAUUGAAUGGAAACCGUACAAUAAUGAUUGAACAAAGUAACCCACUUAAUUUACAGCAGUCGCCUAACUUGGGAAACUAUAAAUCAGAUCUGACUCAGAGGGAGGAUGUGGGAGCAGGUGGGCUUGAAGCUUCUUGCGGUCGUCACAUGUCCGAUGUGAUGGAGAUGCCUCACCGAUGUCAGGAUACUUGUUCCAGCGCUGAUGCCGCUACAACCGCGCCGUUUGGCAGCCAGUCAGUAUCUACACUGGCUGAAGAUACUUCAUCUCAUCAGACAAGGGGAUGUGAGGAGGCUGCAGUAGCUGUUCAUGGUAAGAACUGGAUACAACGGCCCCCCACACCAGAUUUACUCCAUCUGGGUGCAAGGGACUGGGAAGUGACUGAUGAGAUAAACGGACUUUAUCGAACAUUCUUUAAGGAGGAGUGUGCUGCUGUGAUUCAUUGCAUCCGCCAGUGUCCUUCGUGGGCAUCUGCACCAGGAACCUGUGCUAGUCUAGACUUCAGUAAAAUUGAGACUGAGCCGUCUCCCCUGUGCGACUGGACCAUGGAGUCUUCCCACUUGCAAGUGGAAGAUGGGUCCUCUAAGUUGGGUCUGACUGUGCAGAAGGUACAGGGUAUGGGCUGUACCAUACCAAGCGUGGUGGAAGAAGGCAAAGAGGAGGAGUGGUAUCAGGAGUCAAGUGGAAGUUCUGUCUCCAUCUGCAAGAGAACUUGGGUUUCCUGUGGUUCAAAAGAUACCGCUUGUAUAAAAUCCAGCACAAAUUCCUCUCCCGAGUGUAAACUUAACCAUUUGAACACCCAGGGAAGUAAGAGAGAGACAGGUGAUCAGGCAGUUUUCGUAGAUUGCUUGGAAGAGGUUGGCUCUGAAACGGAGCAGAAAGGUUCUUCCUCUUUGAUAGAUGGUGCCACAGCACGUGCACUUCGUCCAAACACCGUGGAGUCUGCGUCCAAUUUGACUACAGAUAUCUUUGAUCUAAAUAGUUCUAAAGGAACUCACACAGUAUCUGAAUCAAGCAUUUCAACCAAUUCUGUGUCUGAUUCUGGCCAAAUGGAGGUGGAGUGCAAGAACAAUUUGACAGAAUGCAUCCCAGGGCCUAGAUCUGCUGUAGAACUGACCCUCAACCAAUUUUUAGGCAAUGCAUCAGAGCUCAAAGUAACUUUACAAGGUGAGAACCUGGCUAAUCCUGAAUUAACUGCAGGUCUCAUAAGGCCCUGUGCUUCUCUAGCUGGGAAUGAAACCAUCCCUGUAAUACUAGAAUCCAAGGGUAAAGUUAAUGAGCCCAAAGGAGACAUAGCAGUGGAACCUGUAACGGGUAUGAAUUUGACAGCAACUACCAUAGAGCCCGUUUUUGCUUUAGAAUGUGGAGCAGAACCUGUCCUUGAGAAGGUGGAGUCUAAGGACAAUCUAUCUCAGCAAUCAUUAGGUGCGACCUGUCAGUCUGAGCAUACCGUGGAUGAGAAGGUCGUUCCUGUUUCUGACACAACGUAUGACAUCAGUGUGGAAGCUGGAAACACGGGGGGGAUCAGCAUGUGUAGCCUUGAUGGCACAUUAGACAAGGGUGUGUUUGUCACAUCCACACCACUCAUCAUGCCCAAAUCCUUCAACUUUGCAAAAGUAGCACCACCCACUGCUUCCCACAUAAAGAAAAAGUCUGACAUUGGCAGUGUUGUCAAAGAGCCAUCUGUUAACAUGAGUAGUGCUGCUGGACCUAGCACUGACAUUUGUGUCAACCUUCCCCCUCCGAGCAGGCUCAAGUGUCCCACCAAGGUCCUUCCCAAGCCCACCACAUGGACACGAAGGCCUGGCAGAGAAGCCAGCUCCUCAAACAUUGUAUCAAACAAGAAGUCCCUACUCUCAACUUUAGGCCCCCCAACUAACCGCAAAUCGCUGCAGCCUCCCCUAAAGUCCUCUGCUAUCCCCCUGUGCCUGUCUGUAAGAGGCCCUUCAUCGUCUGGGGUUAGCAGCCUUUGCCGGAAAAUAGAUCUGAACUCCAGGCACAUGGCAUCCACCAGUUCCCUGGAGGGAAAAAAGCUAAUUUCCCCUGCUGGCACCAAGGUUGUAAGUUCUACCCUCCCCAAACACCUUCCAUCUACUCUCGGCCCGCGCAGGUCGCAGUUGGGUUUAGUAAGUUCCACAGCGUUGGAGAAAACAUCCCAGCCUCCAACCCUAUCCCAGAAGCAGCCCAGGGGAAACACAGAUGAUGCUCUUCCCAUAUCGAAGAGGAAGAAAAUUGACACUCCGGGCUCAGACACUAGCAGCAUGGCAGCGAAAGGUAUGGCAGCAAGUACUUCUGUAUUCAAGAGACCCGCGACUCGACAGACAAGCAUGCAGCUGAAGAACCGAAAGACUGGAGCCAGCAGAAAGUCUGGGACAUUGAUAUCUAAGACUUCAGCAGAUGCCAGCGCUUUAGCAAAGCCGUGUGAAACCGGCCCCCAGCUUUCCAAGGUGGAGACGGCGGCACGAAACGCAGGUAUGAUGGAGCCUCUCCGUCCUAUUUUUGCUCUGCAAAGACUGAAGUCGCUAAGACACUAG